CAAUGCAGACACGUCGUCAUCUUUUGCCUGCGACCUUAUGGGGGCAAACUGGACAAGCUCAUGCGAUAUUGAAAGGUGGAAAUCGCGAGCCCCUCCCUACCACGUUCUCGCUCGGACGAAAACGUGAUCGCCUCGUUUUCCUGGGAAGUGGAUGGAAAAAGGCUGUUAAGAAGCUUGAUUUGAAGGAAGGCGACAAGAAAGCAGUGUCGGAGGGCAUGUUUCAAGGUAUAGAGAUUGGCAGGAAGGGGUUAGCAGUUUCUCUACUUCAAUUCGCGGAUGACACAGUCAUUAUGGGAAAGGCUGACAUAGAGAAUAUAACCCUGGUUAAAACAAUUCUGCGAUGGUUUGAACUGAUGUCUGGGCUACAGAUUAAUUUUAGCAAGAGCAACAUUUAUGGAUAUAAUGUUCCAAUGAGAUGGAUAGAAGGAUCAGCAAGUAUGUUGCGAUGUGGAGUUGGGAAAACACCUAUUAUUUAUCUGGGAAUGCCUGUGGAUGGAAAUCCAAGGAAUAGGAAACUAUGGGAACCAGUGAUAAAAAAAUUUCGUGCUAAACUUGCUGUCUGGAAAGCUGCUACGCUGUCCUUCGGUGGCCGCCUCACUUUGCUCAACUCGGAUUUGCGUAGGAAAAAUUGGGCACUUUUGGGGAAAUGGUGGCAUAGAUUUGGGGAUGGGGUAGAGAGCUUGUGGAAAAGGGUAAUAACAGAAAAAUACUACGAGGGCAACUGGAAGGAGGCGGAUAUUAUGGCUAUUGGGAACUGGAGAGUAUCUAAGCUUUGGAGAGAUAUUAUUAGUAUAGGGGGGCAGUCGAUGAGAAUACAUAAUAUGUUGGUAGAGGGGUUUAAAUGGGAAGUGGGUGAAGGAAAUAGGGUGGGUUUUUGGAGAGAGAGGUGGAUAGGGGGGAAAAAUUUAAGGGAUCUAUACCCGAGGCUGUACGCACUGUCUAUGAAUAAGGAGGGUAAUAUCUCUGAAAGGGGGGUAUGGGAAGGGGAUAAAUGGUGUUGGGAUCUGGAAUGGAGGAGGGGGAGAAUAGGAAGAGAGAAGGACGAGGAGGAGGCAUUGUGGGAGAGUUUGGGUAAAUUGCAAUUAAAGAAGGGUGUGAAAGAUUGUUGGACGUGGCUACAUGAUUCAGAUGGUAGUUAUAUGGUGAAGAAGGCUUAUGAAUUUUUGGCCCCUUCGGAAGGUAUCUUAGAGGAACAGUUGUGCAAAGUUAUUUGGUGCAGAUUAGUACCAUCCAAAGUGUCUUUCUUUGGAUGGCGUUUAUGUCUUGAUAGGCUUCCAACUAAGGGGAACAUUAGAAAGCGAGGGGUGCAUUUACAGGAAGAGGAAUUAAUGUGUGUUUUGUGCCAUAACAUGAUUGAGGAGGCUAACCAUUUAUUUAGUAUGUGUAAGGAAGCAUGGAUUUUGUGGACAGAGGUGUUGCAGUGGUGGAACAUGAAGACGGUAAUGCCAAAUAUCGUACGAGGAGUGGCAAAUAUCUUUGUAUACGAUUUGGGUAGGGUAGUAGGGAAGGAGAUGGGUGCUUGUAUCUUUCUAGUUGUAUCAUGGUAUUUAUGGUAUUGGAGAAAUGGUAAGGUAUUUGAUAAUGAAGCUAUCAUCAGGGGAAGAUUACUAAAUAUGAUUCAAGCUAAAUCAUUUUUAUGGAUCAAGAAUAAGGUAAAUGGUUGUGUCUUUUCAUUUAAUGAGUGGAAGGACAACCCUGUAGCGUGUGCUCUGUCAAUGAGAAGUUACAAACAAGCAAUGAAAUUGGUCCACAAACAACAAAAAGAAGGUUACACUGCAGACCGGAGUGCAAGCUGAAAUUUGUUCGAGGCAUAAAGGCUUCAUUGAGCAGGUAUUUCACUUAGCCAUCCGGACGUCCAAAUAAUGUUCAGUUUCACAAAAGAUCCUUUUGAUGGUCUGCUGAUCUGAGAAGAAAGAGAGAGAAAAGUGCACUUCAGAUUUGUCUCCAUAGAAAAAUUGAAGUUGGCUUUUUGUGCUUUAACUUUUUUGGAGUGGAUGGUUCAGAUCUUCCAUAUGUAUAUACCACAUUAUGGCAAACCGGCCUAUCUUAAAUUAGGCCACUAAGAUGACGUGUACCUCAAUGUUCCAAAGAUUUGGAUUCGUGUACUUUUAUUUUUCUGUUUGCCAAUGAUCAGUAGUAAUAUAUAAUUACUUCUAGC